AUGAUCUCCAAACCAAAACCAACAAUCAUCCCUUCAUCCUACACGCAAACAAUACCCCCAGAAUCAUUCCCAACCCCAACUCACGGCGAUGUAUCCUGGCACACCUUGAUCUCAGCCCCGCAAACAGAGUCCACAGACCUCUGCGCAGGAAUAGCAAUCUGUCCACCAGACACCGGCCACCUAUGUGCGCACCGCCACACGCAGCCUGAGAUAUAUCAUAUUCUUGAGGGCGAGGGCGAUGUGACUAUCGACGGGGUUGUGAGCAGAGUGCGGGCUGGGAGUACGGUUUUUAUUCCUUCGGAUGCUGAGCAUGGGAUUGUUAAUACUGGGAAUGUGGACUUGAGGUGGUUCUACGUCUUUCCUACAAGGAGCUUUGAAGAUAUUGUUUAUCGGUUUAGGGAAGAUGAGGGGGAGGGGAAGGGGAAGGAUAAGGCGAAAUUGUGA